AUGCCCAGAAAAGCAAAGAACUUGAACUCCCUCGUUAGAGGGCUGGUUCGUGCUUCAAUGAACAAGUACAAUCUCUUCAACUUGUACAAGAAGGCCGUACCAAGGUUCGGUUCGUUAACAUUAUAUCAACAAAAAUGGACAGCCAAGGCGGAGACCAGAGCUUAUCAUGGGGAACAUCUCACUGAAUCCAGAUGGCAAACCACUUUCAACCCAAACUUGUCGUCUGUUGCUCAGUUGGACUCCAUUGAAAAAAUCGAACAAGGUAAAGUGAUUCCUCCUACCCCACUCCAAUUGCAAACUUUUGCGGUGUUGGAAAAAAGAUUGGACACCGCUCUAUUCAGAGCCAUGUUUGCCUCAUCAGUAAGACAAGCUAGACAAUAUGUUUUACACGGUUAUGUCAAGGUGAAUGGCGUCAAGAUAAAAUCUCCUGGUUAUGAAUUGCAACCUGGUGAUGUGUUUUCUUGUGACCCAGAAAAAGUGUUGGAGGCCUUGGGUAAAGGUAAGCCAAGUUUUGAAAACAGUUUGAAAAUCACAGAGGGACAAAUUAUCAGAUGGAAUAAGCAUAUUAAAGAAAUUUUGAAUAACCCUAAAAAAGGCGAUGCUUAUGUCAAGAAUUACGUGGACAAAUUAAAGAAAGCCGAAAGAGUUAAGCUACUUGAAUCGGUUAAAUCCAACAAUGGAUCUAUGAGAGAAGCAGUCAUUGUCGAUGCUUUGUCUAUUGGGGUCACUGCCGAACAGAAAAUCAUGGAAGAAAAAGCAGCUGCUGCUGAUGAUGCUGCUGCCGCAGUAUCUCAAGAGCCAAUUCAAUUGACUUCAAGUAUAUACGGGUCCAAGUACGGUGGGGAUGAAGAAAUCAGCGAAAAAUUAUUGAAGAUGUACAAACUUAUAAUCAACGAACACUACAAAGGUAACCCAAAACAAUUCUUUGGAAAAUCACAUGAAGAAUUUAACAAGAUUGUUGGCGAUCUCUUGAAGAUCCAAGACUCCAAGACCGUUAAAGGGAUUAAACAAUUAGCAUUGGAGAUCACCCGUACUUUAAAUGAUAUUAACUCAAUUAAGGACACAAUUCCUCCUGAAGUGAAAAAACAGGUUCUUUCAAAUCUUGCCAAACAAAGACAUGAAUCAAUAAUCGGUAAGGAAUACUCUGAAGAAAAAGAAAACCAAGUGAAGAUCAACUUGCCAUUCCAGAAGCAUUUGUACGGUAGACAAAUUCCAAAUAAGGGCUACUUCACCCCAUGGGAGCCAAGAGCUUUCUUGGGUGCGUUUGCUAUAUUGCCACACCAUUUGGAAAUUUCUUUCAACACAUGUCAUGCGGUUUAUUUGAGAGAUCCAGUUGCCAGACCUGGUGAAUCUGAAGUUAUCUCACCAUUCAGUAUUGAAACACACCAAAGAGCUUUUAUGUAUUAUGUUAGAAAGGGUAGAUGA